AUGAUGGAUCGCUCUUUAAUCCCAUUCCUGGUCACGAUGAUGCUCGUGACCGGGGUUUGCAACACUAUUCUCAACAAAUACCAGGACAUGCAAUGCGUUCGGAAUUGUGACUCCCCCGAUCCCAGCCAGCGGAAGCUGUUUGAGCAACCAGUAAUUCAGACGGCGCAGAUGUUUGUCGGUGAGAUGGGCUGCUGGUUAGUCGUCGGACUAUCGAUUAUUUACCAGCGUUUUAUUGCCCCCCGCUUUUCUGGCGACCAAUCCCCUCUCCUGGCCGGCGGUUACCGUCCUAUUCGUGGUGAGGAUCGCGGUCUGGAAGAUGACGACGAGCACACGAUCGACGAAAAUGGUCUCGAGCGCAGAAACUCGAUUAAAUCUGCCGUAGACGACGAGGGCCGCAUUCCACUCCGUGGUUUGAAGAUCUUUUUGUUGGCUGCGCCGUCCUGCUGUGAUAUUGCAGGAACCACUCUUAUGAACGUGGGCUUGCUCUUUGUCGCUGCAAGUGUUUACCAGAUGACUCGGGGAACUCUCGUGCUUUUUGUUGGACUUUUCAGUGUGCUUUUCCUCCGAAGGAAGCUAUAUCUGUACCAAUGGAGUGCACUGUUUAUUGUCGUUCUUGGUGUUGCGCUUGUAGGUCUUGCCGGUUCCCUCUACAGCGGUCCCUCGGAUCACGAUCUCGCACAGGAUGAUGGCUCCUCAUCCACGGCUACUGGAACCCCAGAGGCUGUUAAGGCCGUUAUUGGAGUGCUACUGAUUGCUGGAGGGCAAAUCUUUACGGCCACACAAUUUGUGCUGGAGGAGUGGAUCCUUGAGAACUACGCUAUGGACCCGAUCGUAGUUGUCGGAUGGGAAGGCAUAUUCGGAUUCUCUGUGACUUUCGCUGGCAUGUGCAUCAUGUACGCACUGGUUGGACGCACUGAAGCAGGCCAAUACGGCUAUUUCGACAUGAAAGAAGGCUUGCACCAGGUUUUCACUAACCGUGCCGUGGCGAUGGCUAGUAUAGCGAUUAUGUUUAGCAUUGGCGGAUUCAAUUUCUUUGGUCUCUCCGUCACACGCACCGUCUCCGCCACAUCCCGCAGCACCAUUGACACAUGCCGUACUCUGUUCAUCUGGAUCGUAUCCUUGGGACUGGGCUGGGAAUCCUUCAAAUGGCUUCAGGUCGCUGGCUUUGGACUCCUCGUUUACGGUACCUUCCUCUUCAACGAUAUUAUCCGCCCUCCCCUCAAGGCUUGUCUCCCCAGUGGGCCGAGAGAUCAUGAAGAAUUGCUUCCAGAGGAGCCAAUUGAGCACAUGUAG